CUCUCCACCUUGCCAUACUUAGAAACACUUUUGCCCGCUCCGGUGGGUAAUUUACCGUUUGGUACCACUAGCCGCUCCACCCACCGUAUGUACCGGCCGUACGGAGGACACACGGCGUAUGCGUAUGCGUAUAGCGUAUAUCGACUCGAAUUCUCUCCCCGUCUGCAGCUCGCUGCGCUUGAUCAAACCCCAUGAGUGACAGUUGUUCCUUCCCCUCCGCAAUGCAAUCCCGUUUAGAAUCCUCCUGCAGGGGCCGCCCGAGCAAUCCAUACUCAGCGAGGAAGGGCGGUGUUGGCUCACAUAGCCUAUUGCACUGGCUGCCGGGUGCUACUGCUUGUUAUCUCUCGGCGGCCAUGAUCUCUGCUGUAACAGUCGAGACCGUCAGGAAUCGCUUUGUCGGUCCGACUACUCUGUAAGUAGGUAGGUAUGUUGGUACGAAGGCGUACGAACCGUAUGCAGGAUACAGCCCAGGUAAUCGUCAAGGUACUGCCCCAGUGCCGGGCGGAGAUAUCCCAGGUACGGAUGACAAGAAGAUGACGAUGGGCGAUGAGGUCAGCGGGUCCUGCAGCCAGGCGG